UCUUCUUCCUCCCCUGGGCAGUUCGGUUCCUGGCUGGAUCGAAACCCUAGGUUUUGAACGAGCACACGAGCCACCAGCUCACCACCACCACUGUCACCCACCAUGAAACGGCCGCCACCACGCGAUGACGCGGCGGCGGCGGGCAGCAGCGGAGGAGGAGGGUUCAAGAAAGGGAAGGGGAUGUGGGGCGGUAAGAAGCGGAACGAGCAGCGGCUGGGAGGCAGCGGCGGGGCGCUCUCUCUCGCGGCCUUCGCCAACGCCAAGUCCAGGAACACCGGCUACAACCCGGCACUCAUCAAGAAGCAGAAGGAGUUCUACAGGAAUGCUAAAUUGAUUAGCAAGUACAAGAAGUCGAAGAAGCACCAAAAUCAGUCAAACUGUCCUCCACAAUUUCCAACCCUUGAGGAAGGAGGUGCUGAUGCAACGGAUGUGCCAAAACCACAUGAUAAGAGGAAGAAGCGCACUUCACAAAGCUUGAAUGUGGAGUACGAGAAGAAACGUGUAGAGGACGAGAAGGCAAAGAAGGAGCGGGAUGCGAUGAUACAGGCAAAGAAGGAGGAGCGAGAGAAAUCUGAAGCGAAGCGAAAGGAGCUUAGGGAGAAGAUGUUCAAGAGGACGAGAUCCGGGCAGCCUGUGAUGAAAUACAGGAUCGAGCAUCUCUUGGAGACUGCACUAGAAAGCUCAAACAAGUGAGUGAUGUUAUGUUCCAAGACUAAUGCCACACUAAUUAAGACAAAUCGGUCCAGUGCAGUGAUAAGUUUGUAUUGUAUUAGUUGCCUUCUGUUGCUUCAGUCUAUACAUCUUGGCAAUGCAUAUUUGGAUCUGAUCGUCUC